UGAGCCUCCUCAAAUUGGUGCGCUAAUCCUAAAAGGAGCCAUGAAGUGUUAAAUGGCAGAAAGAGGCAGAGCGGCGCUCAGACUCGCGCACGCCGGGAGAGAGGCAGGGAACACCGCCGCUGCUCCACUGCGUCACAGCGAAGGGGAACACAUUGAAAAAAACACCCAAACUUCUCUCCUGAAGCAAAGAGCGCUGCGCAAUUAGUGCGAGGAGCGCGAGAGUACUACUUUUUUUCUUCCAUUUUUUAUUCGGUGCGCUCCAAAUAAAUAAAGAAAUCAAGCUGGCUCAGUGCGUGUCUCAACAGCCCACUUUGACAGGUGCUCCUCACCCCCUUUGGAGGACUGUCAACAGCAAGAGGAUGGCAUCAGAGCUGGCAAUGAGCAACUCCGACCUGCCCACCAGUCCCCUGGCCAUGGAAUAUGUUAAUGACUUCGAUCUGAUGAAGUUUGAAGUGAAAAAGGAGCCGCUGGAGCCCGAUCGCAGCAUCAGCCAGUGCAGCCGCCUGGUCGCCGGGGGAUCCCUGUCUUCCACCCCGAUGAGCACGCCCUGCAGCUCGGUUCCCCCCUCUCCAAGCUUCUCGGCGCCCAGUCCGGGAUCAGGGAGCGAGCAGAAGGCGCACUUGGAGGAUUUCUACUGGAUGACCGGCUACCAACAGCAGCUCAACCCCGAGGCUCUGGGCUUCAGCCCGGAGGACGCCGUAGAGGCGCUGAUCAGCAGCAGCCACCCGCUCCAGAGCUUCGACGGCUAUGCCAGGGGGCAGCAGUUCGCCGGGGGGGCGGCGCCGGCGGGCGCCAUGGCCGGCGAGGAGAUGGGCUCGGCGGCCGCCGUGGUGUCGGCGGUCAUCGCCGCUGCCGCCGCGCAGACCGGCGCCCCCCACCACCACCAUCAUCACCACCACCACCACGCGGGGGCACACCACCCGUCCUCCGGGUCCGGGUCCCAGUCCGGCGGCGGCGGAGGAGGAGGCGGAAGCGGCGGCGGCGCGGGGGGGAACCACCACCACAACCACCACCAUCACCACCACCCGCACCUGCGCCUGGACGAGCGCUUCUCGGACGAGCAGCUGGUGACCAUGUCGGUGCGGGAGCUCAACCGGCAGCUCCGCGGGGUCAGCAAGGAGGAGGUCAUCCGCCUCAAGCAGAAGAGGAGGACGCUAAAGAACCGCGGCUAUGCCCAGUCGUGCCGCUACAAGCGGGUGCAGCAACGGCACGUCCUGGAGGGCGAGAAGACGCAGCUCAUCCAGCAGGUGGACCACCUCAAGCAGGAGAUCUCCCGGCUGGCUAGGGAGAGGGACGCCUACAAAGAGAAGUACGAGAAGCUCAUCACCACCGGCUUCCGAGAAAACGGAGGCUCCGGCAGCGACCACAACCCCUCAUCCCCGGAGUUUUUCAUGACGUCGAGAAAAUUCCUCCAUCUGUGAUAGAGAAUUUGGAAUUCAACGUCCCUCCUCCUUCAGUCAGAGAUCCUUCAAUGGAACGCUAAUGUUUCAAGAUGGACGUACAGCACCCGGACUGCCAUAAAGCACAAGGUCUCAAAAAGCAACCCCGUCAACGGUGGCGCAACGUUGACCUCCCAUUAUUACCCUAAAAUGAUCUUGAAGAAGGAAGAAGACAAAAGAAACAACACUGAAAUCAACCACAUUCCUCUGAUUAAAAAAAAAAAGAAUCCCAACCAUAUUUCCUAUUCCUAAAAGAAAAAAACAUACCUUCCAAUUUUAAUAAACCUUAUCAGAGUGCAGUUUAUAAAUGAAUUGGUUAAUUCCUAAGGAAAAAAAAAAGAUGUCCACACCCCUUUAGCACACGUCCAUAAAUCAGGAUGUUGUAAAUAUUGUACAGAUAUAAUAGGGACAUUAUUUAAAAAAAAGAAGGAAAGAAAAAAAAUAGUGUAAUUAUUGCAGAUGUAUGUAAAGACUCCUAAAUCCAUGUGUGUUAGUAUAUCUAUGAGUUUCCCAUAUUUUCUUUGGACCCCCACUGAAGGAUCAACACACAUGCACGGAAUAUGAAAAACGACAAAAAUAUUUGGGAAAUUUUUACAAAAGAAAUAUUAGGGCCACAAUGAAACAGUACUAAAAUUUCACAAUAUAGGGAAAAUGUUUUGAGAAUAAAAAAGUAAUUUUUGAAGAAAAUACAUAACCAAACACACAUUAUAAAUUCCAUGUUUUUUGUAUAAAGUAUGUCGUAUUGUAAUUGUACUUAUUUUAAAUGUUACGCAUUUUUCUUAAUGCAACUUUUUACUUGCAAAUUCUACUUUGUAUAUGGAUUUUUAUUGCAAUACUCAAACUUUACUCUCAAAAUGACAUUUUUCCCGUAACACUGUGACUCUUUCACACGUUAUACUGUAAAAUUAAAACUUCACUAACAAUUUUUUUUUAUUAUGAAUUUUUUUUUUUAAAUACUUUGAUUAUACCGCAACUUUUUUUCUUUGUUUCCUAGUUGUAGCAUUUUCUCAAUUCUUUGUUAAUAGCUAUUUUCUUGCAAGACUUGCAAGUACAACAAAUGUACUCUUGUAAAAUGUACUUUUUUCCUGCAAAAUUUUAAAUGUAGAGCCAUCAAAUUCCACCUAGAAAGGUGUAAUUUUAUUGGCUUCAAACUAAUAAAUUGUCUUGUAUUAUAUUUUUCAACCCUUUCAUGCACAAAUUAUGAUUUAUUUUAUUAUUAUUAUUAUUUUUUUUUUUUUUUAAAUAACCCUGACAGGGCGCUCAUUUAACUCAAUGGCCAUUGUUGAAGGCGCUAGAUGGCCAUGUCAUUUUGACAGUGAGGGCCUAAUUACAGUGGUACCUCAACAUACGAUUGAUUCGACACACGAGCUUUCGACAUCCGACGUAAAACCUCCGUCCGCCAAUCUUUAUAAGUUAAGGUGACAAUUAUUACUGUGGUAACAUGGCAAAAAAUCGUCAGGUUUGUUUAUUUCAGAACUUGUGCAACGCAACAUUCCUACUGUCCGCUGCAGCUGAAUAUGAAAAGAAAGUAAAAAAUUCUCACUCUGUCAAGUAAGCCAUGCGGUGCGUUCAGGGACACCACGCAAAACACAUUCACCACAUUAGAACCCGAUUCGUUACAUUUUUACAGGUAUUAUUAUUAUUAUUAUAUUAUCAUUAUGAUUUUAAUUCAUAAUUUAUUUGUUCUGCUCCGUGUAAUUGCUACUUGCAAUAGUACCAGCAGCAUUUAUUAAGGAUCUAGUGUAGGUUUUCAGGUUGUGGAAUGAAUUAAUGGAAUUACAAUGUAUUCUUACGGGAAAAUCCUGCUCGACAUACGACCAUUUCGACUUACAAGCAAGUUCCUGUAACGAAUUAACUUUGUAUGUAGAAGUACCACUGUAAUGAAAUCAUGAAUGUUUCAAUGGCAUUGAAACAUGACAAUUCACAGCUAGUCUUCCCAGUUUAAAUGAAUGGGACAUUUAUUGUCAAUGGCAUGCAAUGCCUUAGAUACUAUGGAGGAAGAAAAAAAAACAAAAAAAAAACAACAACUUUAGAGUGUUACUUAGGGCCGUAAACAGUUUUUAUUCAUUUUAAUUGCAUUCAUUUUGUUUCGGUUAUCAUUGUACUAAAGUUUUUUUAAAUGACCAAAAAUAGUCACUUGCCUGAUAAGGGUUAAAGGAAUAGUCAUUCACAGUAGUGACCGCUGUCCCUGAAGGGGUUAAUUUCAUUGUGGCCCUAAUACUACUUACUCCAACUAUUGAUACAUAAACCACAGAGAGCACGUCAUACAAAGACUUUCAGUGACGAGUGUUUAAAACAGAAAAGAACCUGGACCCUCGUGUAAAUCUUUCCCACUUCUUGCCAAGUAGUGUACAUGUGACCCUCCCCCUCACCAUUGUGGCGUGUCCAUACACCCAGUAGUGCUUUUGGCAGCUCUAUCGAACAACUCAGUCAGUGAGACCCUUCCUCUUUUUUCAUUUGCUGAGCCAACACUGACAAUUCCCUCACCCUCAGAGGGCCCGGAUACGGGCGACGGUCUCGUCACCGCGUGCGACCAGGCGCUCGCUCAGCUCCCACAGGGCGACGGCAGCGUCGGGAUCCUGCGCCUGGAUGGAGGGCUCGCAGCGGAAGCAGUUGUUGAAGUACAUGCCCCCAAGGCCCUCCAGCUCGGGAGCCACGGCGCAGUACACGGUGGUGGCGGCGCCUUGUUGCUGCGGAAACACAAACCAAACACACACAUGAACUCAGCAAACUGGACAUGCUGUCUUUCUUGUACAUAUAUUUAUAUACAUAUAUUUAUUUAUCUAUGUCUCUACUGAGUGUCUAUGGGACCACGUGAACAAGAAUACUACAAUGGAUGGAGGCUUUUUUUUUGUUUACAGUGAACCCUCGCAUAUCCGCAGAAUUUUUAAAAAAUUUUUUUGCUAACUAAUUUACGGUUUUGUGCUUUGCUGCCAUCUCGUGGAAAUUAAUAGCAAUUAAAAUCCAGCGAAUAGCAGGGUUCACUGUAGAGAAGGUCUGAAUAUGUAUAUUUUUCACACUGAACUAAUGCGAGGCAGCACAGCGGACUAGUGGUUAUCCUCGCAGUUCUGAGAUUCGGGGUUUGACUAUGCGGGUUUUCUUUGGGCUUCCUCCAACGUUCCAAACAGGCAUGCAUUGAAGACUUGAAAUUGCCAGACAGUGUGAAUGCGAGCGUGAAUGUUUGUUUGUCUAAAUGGGGCCUCUGAUUGGCUGGCAACCAGUUGAGGGCGUACCCCACUUUUUAGAUGCGCCACCCCGGACAAGAAAAUGCAUGGAUGCAAAGCAGCUAUUGUGAGAACAGGAUGGGACCUAAAAUUGAGCCUUGUAGGACUCCAGAUGAACAGAUAUCAUAUAUCAAACCAUGUAACAUACUGUAUAUUUAAUGUGAUUUGGUUGGAUGCUUGUGUACUCAUGUUCCCUGUAACUCCAGUUAGACUAGAUGCUUUAGAAAAAUGAACGAUUGGAUGGAAUUAGUACAACUUUGGGGAAGUUGUUAGGGAAUGACACAAGUUGAAAUGUAUACCGGUUUCACUCACACACAUAACAUGGCUCUUUGUCAGUAAGUCUUCUAAGCUACAUUUACAGGCAUCAAAAUGCACAAUGCUUAGAUGCUAAGUUCCCUCUCUGUGCUUCGGUCGGUCAGUCAGUAAUUAGCAAGGAUAUUAAUGCCAGAUCUGUGACAUUCUCAAAACCAAAGCGGGGCUGAAUAUGUCAGGCGGAAUUACACACGUUAGCUAGGACGCUCUUUUGCUUUCAUGAGGAAAAAUAUAGAAAAAGCUACUGUGACAGCUUUCAACUGCACCAAAGUGAACAUCAAGGCUGGAUGCAUGAAAUGUUUUCACCUCUUUAUCUGACAGAGGAAAGAGCCAGAGUCCCACCACUGAGGGCGGCUAUUAGCCAUUUAUUCCUUAGUCAUAACAUCGGACUUAACUUGUUCGCUGUCAAUGACGGUGAUAGAUCUGUUUUGACAGAGAGCUGGCAGUUAAUGAUCAUGUUUAAAUGCCACGGAUAGUGACAGACAUCCAUUCCAAAUAAAUAUGAAAAAUGAGAAAGAACAGUGCAUUAUUUGACGUACAAACAUUUGUAACAUGCACUAGCAGGCGUGCAAAACAAUAUGUUGAUGAUACAGAACAAAUCUUUGCAUAAUGAUACAAUAUUUGCCGAUAAGCCAAAUUCAAGCUGUGAGCUUUAAUCGGAAUAAAGAAAACGCCUGCACGUAAACCCGGCCAUUGUGGAUGGAUGUUUCCAUUUUCGAUCGAUUCAAUUUAAUAGUUACAUAAUCAAACAAUAUACAGUGGGGCAAAUAAGUAUUUAGUCAAUCACUAAUUGUGCAAGUUCUCCCACUUGAAAAUAUUAGAGAGGGCCGUAAUUGUCAACAUGGGUAAACCUCAACCAUGACAGACAGAAUGUGGAUUUGAAAAAAAAAACAGAAAAUCACUUUGUUUGCUUUUUAAAGAAUUUAUUCGCAAAUC